GGGUUUAAACAGAGCGGACUGCAUCAUGCACUUCUCUAGUGCAUUUCUAUACGUCAGGCUAUGCCACUAGUUGAACUGAAGUGGGCCAAAUAAAUAGGGGUGGAUCACGGCCAUAAGAGAGGAACAGGAAGAGACAGAGCAAGCAGGCUGUGAAGCAGUGAAGUUGUCGAUGCAUCGUGUCAGCUUUUAGCUCUUUUCAGAUUCGUUUGUGAGAAACACACGUAAAGAUUAGCCAAGAUAUGUGGGAGUUAAUGCAUGUUCGUACACGGAGGUGAGAUGCAUGUGGGCUUUACUUGACAUUCCGCUGAGAGGACCUCAUUUAAACUCGUCAAAGGUUGAGAAGGCUCUCUCAUUUUCUUUCACGGGAGCUCAGCAGAAGCUACAAUGAACUGCUCUGAGGUCAAAGUUGAAACCUCGGUGGACAAGCAGUUGGAGCCUCUUCUCAUUCUCGAAGAGGGGGAUGAACCCUUGGAUGUGAUAAACAGCAGCAGAGGAAGGACCGUGCUAAGAGUUAGGACGGCUGAUGAAAACACAAACGAUGACAUUACAGAACCCACAGAGGGAAGUUCACAUGAUCACAACAAUGUCCAAAUAGGAAAAGGUGAGAGCGAAGCAAUACAAGCAGAAAUGAACGAGGAGACGAAUGCAACUCUAGAACAUCAGCAAGAAGAGAAGGUGGAAGAUCACACGAAAACGGACAAGGGAUCGUCAGAUGGGACGGCUGCCGGACCGGAGAAGAUGCCACAAGCAAAGACUCAAGACAAACCAAGCGCGCAAGGAGAAGUAAAACUGCGGCCUAAAGACAGACUGAGCCCUGAUGAUGCAAAGUUAACGGUUCACAGGACAUCUCCAGAUUUCCCAGACGCUUUGUGCGAGCUGUUGUUCGCGUUGCAAGAAGGCCGGCGACUCAACGACCAGCGCUGCUCGUUCCGUCUGGAGCACCGCAGGAGAUGUUACUCAGAGCCCAGCACACCUCGCCAAAGCCAGAGAGUGGUGUUCUCCUCCAUGACAUCCCUGCAGAAGGAGGAGUUCUUCGAUUUGUUGGCGACUUCUCAGGGUCGUCGACUGGAUGACCAGCGAGCAGAACUCCAGGACGUUCCCUCUGCCCCCCCCACCUCCGCUGCCCAAGCCCAAGCAGAGGAAGAGCAGCUGGAAGAUCCCAGAGGUCACCCGAACCGUUCCCACGCAAACGCCCAAAGAGGACUUAUACAACAUGAUCGUCAAUUCACAAGCCCAGGGGCGGCUGGAGGAGCAGCGCAGUGCCGCUCCAGGACCGAUGGACGAUGAAGAUUUCUUUUCAUUGUUGCUGAAGGUCCAGGGCGGUAGAAUGGAUGAACAGAGAACGGAGCUCAAGCCUGUUUAUUAAAAGAUGCUAUGAUGAGCUGAGAAUCAAACAGGAGGUUCCUGCUUUCCUGGGCCUGUUACAGUGUGAGGUUAUCAUGUCAGACUCUUUCCUGUUCAAAUAACUUUAGAGAUCUGACUACAAAUAUAAAAAUACUUGCACUACUUUUCAACAUUGCUACACUUACUGCGCUUGAAUUCAUAGCUCGAUUAUGAAUGGGAGAGUCACAGAAUAUUUCUUGCAUUUAAGGAUAAAGUCAUUUGAAGGAUCUCUGCCUCUACUGUGUACAUGCUGUUGUACGGAAAUAAAUGUUUUAAAUGUAAAUUAUAA